AUGCGCAAGGAGAAGAAGAAAGAGGAGACUGAAAGGGAUCGAAUGGAACGGCUGAACCAGCAGUACAAUGGCAUUGACUUGGGUGGACUGUACAACUCCGAUAAGCUGUCGUCCUUGAGGGUGGACGAGCUAUCCUUGUACUUUUCCCAUCACAAGAUCACCUUCAAAGGGAAGAGAGCUGAAAAGGUCGCAAUGAUCAAAGCGCACAUUGGCAGCUUGCCUUACAAUUCAAUGGAGCGUCAACAACUUCGGCAGCCCCAGCGAAGAAAUGUGAGGCAACAAGCGACCUCAUCACUUCCGAGGUCGAAACUGACUCGCAAAGUGAUGUAG